UAAAUUCCGCAUAUGUUUCAUUCUUUAAUUCUCAUAUCAAACCACAGAGACAUAAGCACAUGCUUUAUUCAUCCUCAAUCAAAACAUUUCACCCCCAAAAUUUUAUAAUAGUUUUAUCAAUCACUAUCCCACAAAAAAUAUAUAUAUAUUUUAAAAUAUAAUCUUUCCCAUUUUUGUGGAGUUUUUUUUUCUUUCCCCUUCAAAAAAAUGUAAGAGUUGAGAACCAAAUGGCAUAAUAGAGAUCUAGGCCUAUAAAUACCAAUAUCCAUCUCUCUACUUCUGCAUUAACUGAUUUCACAUUCUUCGAUAAGGAUUUUUUACUCUCCAGCCAAAAAAAAAAAAAAACCUCCUCUGCUUUUGUGAUCCUUUAAGGAAGAAGACGAAAUGGCAACGGAAUCGUACGAAGCCGCCAUUAAAGGACUCAAUGAUCUUCUCAGUACGAAAGCCGAUCUCGGAAACGUCGCCGCCGCGAAGAUCAAAGCGUUGACGGCGGAGCUAAAGGAGCUUGACUCCGACAAUUCAGACGCUAUUGAACGAAUCAAGACCGGUUUUACUCAAUUCAAAACUGAGAAAUAUUUGAAAAAUAGUGCUUUGUUCAAUGAUCUUGCCAAGGGUCAGAGCCCAAAGUUUCUGGUGUUUGCUUGUUCUGAUUCUAGAGUUUGUCCAUCUCACAUCUUGAAUUUCCAACCUGGUGAUGCUUUUGUGGUCAGAAACAUUGCCAAUAUGGUUCCACCUUUUGACCAGAAGAGACACUCUGGAGUUGGAGCCGCCGUCGAAUACGCAGUUGUACAUCUCAAGGUGGAGAACAUUUUGGUGAUAGGCCAUAGCUGUUGUGGUGGCAUUAAGGGACUCAUGAACAUUGAAGAUGAUGCUGCCCCAACUCAGAGUGACUUCAUAGAAAACUGGGUGAAGAUAGGCGCAUCAGCGAGGAACAAGAUCAAGGAGGAACAUAAAGACCUGAGCUACGAUGAGCAAUGCAACAAAUGUGAGAAGGAAGCUGUGAAUGUGUCGCUUGGAAACUUGCUUUCGUACCCAUUCGUGAGAGCUGCGGUAGUGAAGAACACACUUGCGAUAAGAGGAGGUCACUACAAUUUCGUCAAAGGAACAUUUGAUCUCUGGGAGCUCGAUUUCAAGACCACUCCUGCUUUUGCCUUCUCUUAAAAAAAAGAAAGGGAAUAUAUAACUCUUUUGAGAUACAAAGACACUUUGACUCAUCUUUCUCUCAUGUUGAUGAUUACUCUCCAACUUCUUUGGUUUCUUUUUUCUUUUGUUAAUUCAAAACUUCAACUUUGCUGCUUCUAUUUCGAAAGCUCAAACAAUAAAAGCUGUAACCAACGUUUGAAACUUCUAUAUUUGUCUAAUUGAUGUUUGAACGAAGAUAUGAACUUUCCUUC